UUUCCAACAACGAUUCAUAACAAUGUUUAGAUUUUUUACACUUUUAGCCUUAAUGGCAUUAACGGUGGGUCAAUAUGUGCGGCCCCUAGUGUUUCGUCCAUAUCCACAAAAUUUCCAUCAAUUUAGUCCGUACAUUAACAACAAUGGCCAACGGCAACAUAAGUUGUGUACUUACAGUGAUAUUACCUUUGAGAAAUGUAUUCAUACCGUUGCUGUGGCUCGUAACAGUUCAAUACCUCUGGCUUUGGAAUGCAUACGAAAGGAUGAUCGUGAAAACUGUAUAAAUUCAGUAGAGAGUGGAACCUCGGAUAUGGUUGUAUUGACUGGACAUGGUUAUAAGCCUGCCAGAAGUGCUGGUCUAAGACCUUUUAUUUAUGCCCACGAAGAUGAUAAUAGUUUGUAUAUUGCAGUGGCUCCUAGAAAUAUAACAUUCCUUGGUAUUCAGGAGGCUCCUAUUAUAUUUGAUCAAUCCAAACAUCGUGCUUUCCAUGCAGCCACCUUUUUUAAUUAUCGCAUGGGUCAUGAUAUUUGCAAUUUUCUUAAUAAGGCUUCCUUGACAGAAUAUAUUAACAUAGUAGAUUCUUCCAAUUAUAUAGCAAAUUACGAGGAAAUUCUCAUUUGUCCUAAUCGUGUACCGGAUGAAUUCGAAAACUAUAAACGCUGUAAUGUGGAAGCUGGACUACAAAGAGCCGUAUUUGUGAGUGCCUAUGCAUCGUCGAAACAAGAACAAGCUAUACGCAAAAUAUUUGAUACAAUUUUCGAACGUUUUGGAACUAACAGUGAAAUUUUCAAUUUCUUUGAUACAUUCCAAGGUCAAGAUGAUGUGAUUUUUAAGAAUUCUCUAAUCUCAUUCGAUUCAGUACCGACCUAUCGUAAUCAGGUUGAUGAAAAUGUCUUUAAUUAUUUACACUGUAACGAAGAUGAACAACCCCAUGAUCCCCGUGAAUUAUUGUAAA